AUGUCAAGUGAAUUAACAACUGAGGAGCUUGUGGCUAUUGCUGUAGCACUAGAAGAAGACGAGAACAAGAUCCAGAAGAAAAGAAAAUAUUCUGUUCAUCCAUUAAAUAAGGAAAGGAAGAGAAAAGGCCAGUUUCAUUUAAUAUAUGAUGAUUUGCGUGUAUAUCCUGAAAAGUUUUUUUCUUAUUAUCGGAUGUCUAUGCUGGCAUUUGAUGAAUUGUUGAGUAUCGUCAAAUCCAACUUAUUAAAAAUGGAGAAUUUCAAAAAUGACACAAUAACACCAGAAGAACGCUUGACAAUUACUAUGAAGUAUUUAUCAACGGGAGCUACAUUUAACCAAUUGCAUUUAGACUUUUUAAUUGGAAAAAGUACAGUUCGAGUAAUAAUAAAAAAAACUCUCAGUGUUAUAUGGAAAAACUUACAGCCUUUAGAAAUGCCAGAACCUACCAAAGACGUGUGGAUUCAAACUGCCGAAGGAUUUUAUAAUAAUGCGAAUUUUCCUAACUGCCUUGGUGCAGUCGAUGGAAAGCAUAUUCGAAUAACUAAUCCGGCAAAAAGUGGUUCAGACUACUUUAAUUACAAGCAUUUUUUUUCUAUAAUUUUAAUGGCUUUAGUAGAUUCGAACUAUUGUUUCCUUUCCAUAGACGUUGGAGCUUAUGGACGUGAAGGAGAUCCUAAUGUCUUCAAAAAGUCACCAUUAGGUAAAAAGUUAUACGAUCGUCAACUGGACAUCCCUUUACCUAACGAUGAUGAUAGUGUAGAACAACCAUUUGUGAUAGUUGGAGACGAGGCAUUUGCCUUGCAUGAAAACUUACUCAGGCCUUACCCAAGAAAAAAUUUAGAUUUGAAGAAAAAAAUAUUUAAUAUGAGACUCACUCGAGCUAGACGUUAUGUGGAAUGCACGUUUGGAAUUCUAGCGAACAAGUGGAGAGUUUUUCAUACGCCUAUUUUAGUUGAACCUGAGUUUGCUACAUUGAUAGUAAAAGCAGCAUGUGUUAUUCACAAUUUUGUUCGUCGUCGAGAUGGUGUAGAAUAUGAAGAUACACUUCACUGUCCAUUUGAAUCUAUUAGUUCUGAAACUAACCUUGCUAGAGGGUCAACAAUUAGUGCAAGAGAUGUCCGAGAUUACUUUGCUACAUACUUUGAUAGCCCAAAAGGAAAAUUAGAUUGGCAGUACAAUGCAGUACACUAA